AUGGAAGGAUUGUUUGCCUAUCAACGGGUCAUCUGUCUGUUGGAUGUGGACUGUUUUUACGUACAAGUCGCUCGAAAGUUGAAUCCGGAGCUUGUGGGACAACCGACGGUCGUUUGCCAGUAUGGGCAUCGAGAUCUGUAAGAUAAAUUUUAUUGUAUUCGAUUGUCGUUACUAAAUUUAUUGUUGCGCUUUCAGCAUUCUCUCCUCGAGUUAUGAAGCCAGGAAAAUGGGUGUGAAGAAAGGUUUUCGUCUGGCCGAAGCCCGUCAAGCCUGUCCAGAUGUUAAACUUUCUCGGGUACCUCAAUAUGAAGGGAUUGAAUUGGCUAACCUGGAGUAUCAUUAGUAAGUUGUACAAAUUAAUGUUUUUGACCACUGGAACAUUGGCUUGGUCCGUCCUCACCCCUUUUCUUUUUUCGUCGACUCCUGUGCUUUUUAUUUUCAUUUUUAGCGAGGAAAGUGCCAAGAUUUUUGAGACAGUCGCCGAGUUUUGUGGAGCAGAUGCAAUUAUUGAGAGGGCUUCCGUUGACGAGUGUUAUAUUGACCUCUCGGUUGUAACGCAUCGAGUUAUCAACAGUCAAGGGUUUAUUGAUGUUCUCAAAAGUGAAGUAAGUGGAUUUCAAUUUGGUUAUCAUUGUUUAGACUCCUCCCGACAUUCUAAAAAACGUCUAUAUUUAUCCGAGGACGCCUUUGGCCGAGAACAUCAAAGAGAUGAGUGAAAACUCGGAUUUGAAUCUUCAUCUUCUGGUUGGCACCUUUGUAGCUGCACAGUUAUGUUUACAGAUCAAAAAGCUUACUGGCUAUGAAUGUUCAGCUGGCGUUGGCAUGAAUAAGGUUGAAAUUAUUUCUUUUAUAUUUUUUUGAUCCAUUUUUAUGGGAAGUGUAAUGUCCAAAUUUUAGAUGCUGGCUAAAGUCGUUUGUGGGAUGAACAAGCCUAAUGCUUUGACAGUUUUACCAGUUUACAAGAUCGAAGAUAUGGUGAAAUCUACGAAUUUGAAGGAAUUCCGAGGACUUGGAGGUCUCUAUGGGCAAGAAAUUGUCGACAAGCUCAAUGUAAAGGUAAGUCCUGUUAGUUUUUCCUUUUUGAUUAUAUAUUUAGAAUCUCGGAGAUCUUCAAUCUGUCCCUGAUGAUGUUUUAAGACAACAUUUUCGUUAUGGAAUAGAGAAACUUCGUCAAUUGUCGUAUGGGUUUGAAGAUGAACCAGUGGCUGAUAGACUGUUUUGUAAACAGUUGUCCUUGUCGAAGCAGAAUACUAGUCUGGCCAAGGAGGAGCUCUGGGACUUUACGGAGAGAAUGGCGAAGGUCUUUGUUAAUAAGUGCCUUUCUGACAAGAACAAGGUAAAAUUUUGACCUUAGUUUAGAGACUAAAACUUGGUUUAUAGUACAAACGAAUUGGAAAAAAGAUGGAAGUGACUGUGAUCAUUCAAGGAAGAAGAAAAACGAAAACUCUGACGAUCCCUGGUUGUUAUGGGCACGGAGAACCGAUCAAGACCUUCAAUUUGAUGAUGAAAAAGUUUUUUACUGAUCUCUACGGUAAAGAGAAAGUUGUUGAAUGGUAAGGAAAUCUUUGGCUAAUUGAAUUGUUUCUUCCGUAGGGCCACUCCAAUCACACACAUUGGCCUCAGCGUGUCAGGAUUCGAGCCGGUUCCCUCAGAUGUUAGCUUGAUCUCCGAUUAUUUCAAGGUUGCCGUAGAAGAUAUGGAUGUCCGUCCAAUUCCAAGGCCUGCUCCGGUUUAUCAACGAAUGAUAGAGGCAACGAAAGAAAGGAAGGAAGUCAAAAAUGGUAGAAAGAACAAGAAACAAAAGGAGAAGAUGAAGAAAGCGGAGAAUAAUCAAAGUUUAUCGCGGUUUUUGAAGAAACCGGUGGUCAAAACGGUCCAUGUGGAAGAUAAUGAAGUUAUUGAGUUGGACAGUGAAGAUGGCGGUGACGUUAACCAUGAGGAAGGUGUUCAGAUUUUAAAGAAUAAACCAGCAUCGACCAAAAAACAAAAUCAAUCGACUGGACUGGAAAAAUGGCUGAAUAAAAAGAAGAUUCCUGAAAUAAAAGAUCCCCUGGAUGAUGAAAUUGAGAUCCUGGAAGUGGAAUGUGCCCGAGGAGACGACGAAAUGCAUAAAUUACCGGAUAAGCCAGUUCCUAUGGAUGGUAUGGAUAUAAGUUUGGACAAUCUUCCUGAUCCAGAGGAUCCAUUUGCACGUCCAUCAAGUGAUGCGGAAGUUGGAUUCCCCGUUCCAAUGCGAGAUGAAAGUCUGGAUUUUGACGAAGAGGAUAGUCCGGGACCUUCAUGCCGAACGAAGAAGAGAAUGAGCUGUAAGUGUGUUAUCGAUGACUCAAAGUAGUGUAGAAAUGUCUUUUUAAGCGUUGGAAUUGCUCGAAAUGCUUAUAAGUGACGCAGAAAGCAAACAAGGUGCCUCUUGCGAUACGAGGCCACCAAAAUUGCUCAAAAGUAAGUGAUAUGGAGGUUAUGAUUCACACUUUCUAUUACUUUCCCUGAUGACUUUCUUAUACCGUUUUAGGAGAACCACUCCGCGAGCUAACCCCGAGCCCAACAUUUGCCGAAUAUGGAGAUUGUCCCAUGCCUCUUACGGAAGAUCUCGGCGACUUCAAUAUCGAUUAUUCCAUACCUCCAGUUGGCCACGAUUUCUCUCCAAAAAAGUCUGAACCCACUGAAGAUAAACUGGCCGCCUUUGGAUUUCCCGAAGAAUAUGAUCAGCUCGACCCUGGUAUAAUCCAAGAAAUGACUCCGGAGAUUCGCUUAGAAAUCCGACGGAAGUAUGGACUGGAAAAGGAGAACUCCCCGCCGAAGGAAGAAAAUCAGAGGGAGAUCAGGUACUCACUCUUUGAUGAUCUGGACAGAGAAUGGAAAGAAAGACUCAAGAAUAAGAAGAUCCGUAGAUUAAACAAUGUCCCAACUGGCCUUGGAACUAGCAAACAGUAG